AACAGGUGCAAGUCUGCAGAUAUCGAGUGGUUGAUAAGCUCUUCAGACUAAUCAGGUGUUAUCGGAGACGUGUCGAUAAAGCUCUCGUAACAUCAGGCGAAAUCCUUCCGUUUUAUUCAAUCACAAGUGAUAAAUUGAUAAACCAAAAUGUCUGAUAAAGUGGAGAAGCCCCAGCCGUUCGGCAGAGGCCACAAUAAGGGCGAGGACGACAAGAAAUUUCAAGAUCUCAAGCCCUUACCAUUCAGUAAAUGCGUGCACGCUGCCCUGAACAGGUGGAUUUUCUCAAGGGAUUCACCGAAGGACCAGUCAUUUCAUCAAUCACUCGUCCCACAAUUUGUCCCAACAAUUUCAAAUCCUGAGUCUGGAGGAACCAACGGAGUGAAGUCCUUGGAUGCCAACAGAUAUGCCACGAAGAAGACUAUUGCCCAGGGGAUGCUGGACAUUGCUCUGCUCACAGCUAAUGCAUCGCAAUUGAAGUACAUACUGCAGGUUGGCAAGCAGCACGAGUUCUACACUCUGAUGCUCACCCUCAUAUGUGUGUCAAUAGGACUUCAGAUCCUGUCGGGCUUGUUGUCCCUGUCCUUGAACCUCAUGUUGGACCGGCAGAUGGAGGACUCAAGGAACGGAUACGCAGUUGAGUGGAUCGGCCGGUUGAGAGUUGCUCUAAGCUUCAUUGUUUUCUUGGAUAACAUUCUGAUAGCCGCAUUCGAUCCGAUGGGUCUUUCUUCAUUAUUAUCAUUCGAUCCUCCCGAAGACACCGCAUUACUCAAAUAAUCCAUAAACGAACCAUAACUGAUGGGAAAUCGAUCUAAAAUCCCCAGGAGUUCGCGCAGACUCAAGUCCAUUUCCACUCAAUCAGAUUUCCAUGAAUACCUCGAAAUCCACGGCACAUACCGAAAUUUUCAUGAUUACCUUUUCUGUAGCUCUCGAUCAGCUCUACAAAAAAUGUUAUUACAAAAAUCUCUGUAUUUUCAUCGGAUCGAAAGAUAUUCGUCGAAAACUCAUGCUACUGCGGAAUCGAAUUAAAUCGGUUCGCAGUGAGGAGAAAUUUAAUUAAUUUGUUCAUUCCAAUUUGCCCCGUUACUUUCUUUUUUUGUCAUUAUAUUUUCUAGUGAUUUUGUUGAGUUUUUAUCGAACUUGCCUGGCAAUUGGAUCAAUUCGAGGGUACAGCGGUGUUUUUUUAAAAAGACAAACGCAAAACUCAAU